ACUGUUGGUGACUGCCGUUGUGCUUUAUCGCAGUCAUUCGUGCAUUCCUCUUCGGCUCUUCCCCCCUGUGCUUCUUUGCGCCGGUGUUUUCUCUUCCUUCCUGCCGCGGCGAUGGCGUCGGGUGACAACAGCAAGCAGAGGAGCGAGGAGGAGUGGCGCGCCGUGCUCUCCCCCGAGCAGUUCCGCAUCAUCCGCCAGAAGGGCACCGAGUUACCUGGGACAGGAGAGUACAACAAAUUCUAUGGCGACGGGGUUUAUAACUGUGCUGGCUGCGGGACUCCCCUGUACAAGUCCACCACAAAAUUUGAUUCUGGCUGCGGCUGGCCUGCAUUCUUUGAGGGGCUUCCAGGAGCCAUAAACCGAACACCGGAUCCUGAUGGUAGGAGGACAGAGAUUACAUGUGCAGCUUGUGGUGGGCAUCUGGGCCAUGUGUUCAAGGGAGAAGGCUUCAAGACACCUACUGAUGAGCGCCACUGCGUGAACAGUGUUUCUAUCAAGUUCAGUCCUAGCUCCUAGCUAGAUCAUCUUCCCCCUGGAUGAGAUUCUCGUGCCUGGAACUGUGGGGGAGCACAGCGAAACGAUGAAUAAGAUCUAUUCAGCACAUGUGUUAUCUGGUUGAGAGAUGGAUCUAUUACCAUAAUCAGUUGUUACUCUACGUGAUUUGUCAUUUACAUCAGCCAGUAAUGUUUUCAUGAAAGUUAUCCUGAAGUUGCUUUGUCCAUUUGUUUUCCCAGAAUGUUCAGUCAGUCGGAUACAUGUGAAGUUGUGAUCAUUACUCGUCAAAUGAACUCGUCUCCACUGAGGGCUUGUUUGAAA